UACGAUUUACGCUCAGGAACUUACUCCGUCGGUGGAAGUCGUUUCGCGUACACGUAAAAUCUGCCGAGUCGCAGGAGCAGCAUAGAAUGAGUCGAGGUUGCGGUUUCAAGAGAUUAAUGCAAGGCGAGGGUGAAAUGAAGAACACGAUACUGACAGCGUUGGCUGAAAUGAUGGGCACCUCGAUACUGGUCCUGAUGGGUUGCAUGGGAUGCGUUGGAACCUUUGGCGUGGUCCCGUCUCACUUUCAGAUCGCGGUGACCUUCGGUUUGGCUGUGAUGAUCGUCAUCCAGUCUGUGGGACACAUCAGUCACGCUCACGUUAAUCCAGCGAUCACCGUGGGAUCCGUGGUGCUGGGAAAAAAGACUCUUUUGGAGGGUUUGAUCUACCUUUUGUCCCAGAUGAUCGGUGGAAUCGUUGGAUUUGGAAUGUUAAGGAUGAUGACGCCAGGAAGCCAUCUGAGUGCCAAAGGCGCGGAUGAAGCUAGCAUGUUUUGCGUAACCGAUAUACACCAGGAUCUGUCAGCCAUCCAAGGUCUCAUUCUAGAGGGCACGUCCACUGGAAUACUGAUGUUGGUCACUUGUGGCGUCUGGGAUAAGAGGAACGUAAAGAACACAGACUCCGUGCCGAUUAGAUUCGGCCUCACCGUUGCAGCACUGGCCCUCGCCUUUGGUCCUUACACCGGCUGCAGUAUGAAUCCUGCCAGAUCGUUGGGGCCUGCUGUGUGGAACAGUCAGUGGUCCCACCACUGGAUCUAUUGGUUCGGACCAAUCGGUGGAGCCCUUUUGGCAUCCUUCACGUACAAAACUGUCUUCGGCGUGGCCGACGAAGAGGAAGAGGAGACUGGCCCAGAGGCUGUGGCGUUGAGCGGCGUGGACACUCAAAAGGCAGAGGCCUGACUGAGCGGAAAGCGGACCGAUUGGGAGCGUCCUAGGUCAAUCACCACUUUCUUCAAGAAACCACAAGAGAUUAAGCAUUUAAUGGAGGACAGGCGACCGGUUCCGAAGCUCACGGACGAUCCAAUGUUCGCUAGGACGAGGCAGCGCGGAUCGGAUGAAGUUUGAAAGCCCGAAGCUCGUUACCGCUCCUCGAAACAAACGCGAUACACACGAUCACCUUCGCCUCGCCUCGGGUAAUCGUGCAUCGCACAGACUGACGCAUCAGUUUACACCCCCAUGAUCCACCCCCAAUUCGCGAUCUUAUCGUCUAAGCGUUGCUCGUCCAUUUCGCGAAAUCACAAGACUGUCAUCGAUAUCGCUCGUCUUGUUCGCUGGCCUCUACAAUGCAGGACAGAAUGAUAGUUCUUGUUUAUACUUAAAUGUAUACGUAAAAAUGUACAUAUUAAUUGAUGUAUAUAUACGUAGAAAUUUAUAUAUUUUGUGUAACCAAUGUAUCGCACGUCUCGUUGCAUGUAAACUCACUGGAAACCAGUUUUAAUGGAACGAGUCCUUGAUUAUGGAAAUUAAUGUAAACUGAAGUUAAAAUCAGUGGGACGAAAUGAUAGCACUCUGUAUGCAAAAUAUGUUUGUAGAAUGGAUGAAUCUUUCAUUGAUAUUUUGGAGAUUUUAUCUUGUGUAAAAUUUCAAGUAAUACUUUUUCUAUUUACUUAAAGAGUUUUUUAAAAUUAUUUUUUGUUGUAAACAACACUCUUCUAACUCUUUCAUUGUACUACUCUUCGAAAUAGACGUAAACAUUUCCGAUAAUAUUUAAGUUAGGAGACUGCUGAUUUAAAACUUUAUAAUUUUUGUAAAAAAACACAAUAUCGUAUAUCGUUCUUUAAUACAACAAUCCUGUACUUUCGUGUAACUUUUUGCUGUAAAUUGCAGUGUUUUAAUUCUCGUACUUUUCUACUCUUCGCAAUUCCUCUCCACCUUUCAUCACCGCAUUUCAAAUAUUUGUGACAGAUAAGCCUAAACAUUUUUAACAAUGUUCAAGUCAGGAGACCGUGCAAGCCUAUUUAAAAAUUGCCUGGCACUGAAUGGGUUAGAAAUUUUAUAUUUUCCUAAGAAAAAUAAUUUUAUACACAUUUACUUUUGUACAAAUAUUCAAUCAUUUCAUGUAAUUUUAUUACACGAAGUGUAAUAGACUUACUACUAUUAGUUCUUCCAAUUGCUUAUCCAUUAAUUCUAUAUAUUUUGUAGUAUGCGUACAGCCCGAUAUAAAAUUUAAAUCUGUGUUGCCGUUGUGCCCAAUUUCAGCCCAUACCAUUACGCUACAUUUCCUUCCAUAAUCUUCGCAAACCUCGUUCCUGGAAAACGAUUUUUAGUGGGUUUACAUAAAAUAGGACGCGCAUUGAUUCUUAUGUAUUUCUAUCGAUAUAAACAAAAACGUAGGGUUUGUUCCGCAUUGUAUCUUACGAACAGUGUAAUUCCUCGCGUAAAGAUAGAAAUUUAGCACAGGAUGCUAGAAACUGAACCAUUCGCAUCACUGUUUACGUUUUUAAUUCAAGCGGUUCACGAAUAUAAAAUUGUAAAUCUUUGCUUACGAUCAGGAGCAUAUCAUUGAGUAAGGGUGCACGUUAACCCUUCGACACAGUGAGCCUGAAUUUUCAUUUGAAUGCUCCAAACAGAGACUUAUGCACAGGGUGUCCCACGUAAUUGUGUCGCCUACGGAACGCUUUUGUUGUUUGCGUUAAUUGGAAACAAGUUCAAGGAUCGAGAGACACUGCUUCAAUGCAUUUCACUGUCGCCACGCUACUCUGUUUGUCAUCUACGUUGCACAGAUUCGAGAAUGUCGUUUGUGAGUGCCCGUUUGAAUUCUCUCUAUAGCUCAGCGACCAAACGCCUAGCGUACUGCGUCCUUUGAGCCGGUUAAAUGCGUUCCAAACAAUAGCGCUACGUGACGACUCUUUGUUAUAUUGUACAUAAUUGUUAUAUUUAUGUAGAUGAAUUUAAUCACGACGACGUAAAGCACAGCCGAAUGAAACAGACAUCCUGUGAUGUUCGUGUGAGCACGAAUCUUGCGAUUGUGCCGUCAUUGUAUCUUGGAUUUCGAAUGGAACGAUCUCUGUUUCAUGGAUUCACGAGCUUCAUGGAGGCAUUCGCGAAACAAUGAGCUCGAACAUUAAUUAUCCCCUGUUGAAUAUCGAACAAAGUAAUUUUACACGAAUUUACGAUUACUCUUAGGCAAAAAUAUGUAAAUGAAUAAAACGUAAAUAAAAGAGAUAAUAAAUAAGAGAAUAAAGAAAUUUUACAGUA